AUGAGCCACCGGAGCCACGACCGUGAAGCUGACGUCACCAUCUUCGCCUUCACCAUUAUGGGUGCUACAGAACCUGUGGUAGAGAGAGAGAGUGAAAGGAGAGAGGAAGAAGAAAAAAGAAGGAGGAGGCGGAGGGACAUUAGUGUUAAUAAUGAUCUUAAUAACCAUUUGGAGGAUUCUCAUGUGGCAAUGAUGCAAAGGUUGAACCCAAGCAACCCUUUGAGGAUUGUCAUUAAUGGUUCUUCCAGAAUGGCUUCUCCUUCUCCCUCUCAGACUUCUCUGCCUCGCUCCACACCAACCCCACAACCAUCACUACCAACUUUGAAUUCAAGAAGAUACACCAACAAAAUAUCUCUGUUUCUGUUUGUGCUGCACAUGGUUGUCGCUGUUGGGCUAGUAUCUUUUCUUAUAUUCAAGGGAAUUCAAGGACUAAUAGAAGCUUCAGAUAGUGUUAAAAGGAAAGAGAGGAGGAUUUUAAAGUUUUACCUCCCACAAGUUGAAACAGCAUCUUUGUUAAGCAUUACUCUUGCGUUUGUAUGGCAAAAGGCAGUUAGACAAUGGCCCAGGAUCAUGGUUCAUUUCAUAUUAUGGAGCUCUUUUUUCUUGUCCUUAUCGGCCGGAAUUCUUUUAAUUUGCUUCCAAAGGCCUACUACUGAUGGUGUUGGAGUUUGUCUUAUUUUUUUCGCUAUCGGCAAUGGCUUAUAUGCUUGUUGGGUUACUCAAAGAAUUGGAUUUUGCACCAAGAUUCUGAUUAAAUCGCUUGAACCGGUUCCGAAAUUCGGUGAUUUGAACCAACCCACUUAUUGUAUGCUUGGAGUUGGAUUCUUGUGGAUGUCUUUGUGGAUUUUAGCUGUAAUUGGAGCCAUGAAUUUCUACUUUACGCCUUUGGUAAUUAUUGGAUUGGCGUUAAGCUUGGCUUGGACUGCAGAAGUUAUGAGGAAUAUCGUUAAUUUGACUGUUAGUAGGGUAAUUGCUCUGUAUUAUCUUCGAGGAAUGCAAUCUAGUACCCAAUUUUGUUUUCAAAGGGCUUUAACUCGGAACCUCGGAAGUGCUUGUUUGGGGUCUCUAUUUGUGCCUGCUAUUGAAGCACUGAGAAUUGUUGCUCGGGGUUUGAAUUUGCUGGAGGGAGAGGACGAAUUCAUGUUUUCUUGUGCUCAUUGCUGUCUUGGAAUGAUGGAAUGUAUCUUCAGAUAUGGAAAUGGCUGGGCCUUUGUGCAGAUAGCUGCAUAUGGAAAAGGAUUUGUACAGGCAUCACAAGACACCUGGCAACUCUUUGAAAGACAAAAAAUGGAAUCCAUUGUUGACUCAGACAUAACCAGCUCGAUUUGCUUCCUCACAGGUGUAUGCAGUGGAUCCAUUUGCGUUAUUGUUGUGGCUGCUUGGACUGCCAAAGUGCACCAAACCUUCACUGCCACUCUCUCGCUCCUGUCCUUUUUCAUUGGAUACCUCAUGACCAGGAUUGCCAUGGCAUUGCCUCAUGCCUGUGUGAGCUGUUACUAUGUUUGCUACGCAGAAAAUCCUGAUAACAGAUUGUGUGAUAAUACCAUCAAGGAACAACAAAGCAUGCUAACAUCCAAUAGUGAGUUUGUCGCGCCCACUCCUCGAAUGAACCUGAAAGCUCCUCUUGAAUUUGGAGGGAUUGUGGACAGCGCAUUGGGAUUCGAAAUAUACGAGGCCACAAUGACGAAAGUGUCUUUUGGUCUUGCCCUUUGUAUCAUAGUGUAG